AUGCCCAAACUCAGUAACCCGGGUCGUCACUACGCUGUAUUCCUGAAUGCACAAAUAGACUCUUACUCUCGGAUUGUCCAUAUCCGAGACACAGUCAAUACUAAGUUGUUAGACAUCUUCAGGAAUACUUACAUCAGAAUUCAAUUUCAUGUUGAAAUCCUGAGACUCUGUAAUGCCAAUCUCCAGUGUAAUGAGACCGUAAUAGUUGAGCUUAAUAUCUUUUCCGGACGACCAAAUCCCAUAGUCCGAAUGAUGAAAAGACCAGUUCAACGAAUGUUAGCCUCAAGUGACCUUUGGAUACAAUCUGCCUUGCCCAGCGUUUUGGGAUACCGCGGGUUCACGAUUUAUGACCUUGAGAAUGCAACAGAAACAAGGUUGGUCGCAAGAGGAUCUGACAUAACGAUUGAACACCAACUGCUACAGUGGAGUGCAAUAUCAAGAGACAUACAGCAACACUGCCGGCAGAAGAUUCGGGAGGCCAUACAUUCCAAGCGAAAUGGUGAAAAACUGGUUCUGCAAGAAAAAUCAAACAAACUACCACUUAACCAGACCUUAGCAUGUGAACAAGCUCCAUCUGAAACGACGUAUGAACCAUGGAAGUGGAAUAACAGACCAUUUACUCGUCGUUGGAAUAAUUGUUACAAUUACGGAAAUAAUAUAAGAACAAAUACAUUUGCUCAGCCGGGAAGAGCAAAUAAUUAUCGCAUCCCAACCAUGGACGGACCAUCAGUACAGGUUGGAGCAGAGCUAGAUGGACUUAUUGAAGUGGUAGCAACGUCUUCAUGUCUUCCUGAAGAAUAUAACGGAAAUUUAGUUGCAUUAGUCAUAUGGCCUGGAAAUGAUUACCACUUUUACAGAUUGGAUGAAAAUGGUUUAUUUUCCCAUAAACCUGGAAGGACAAAAGCUAGAAAUACGGACAAUUCGGGAAAUUUGAUAUCCGAUCCUAAAACAGCGGACAGAGGACCAUACAGUGUAUUCCAAUGUUUUAUGGAGACCGAUCCCGAUAAUGUUGUUAUAAGGUGACUCAGAACUUAAGGCUAAGAUUACAGUAUUAUUA